AUGGAAGCCUCCGUAGGGGAGGUAAGGAAAAUAGUGAAAACUGAUGUGCCAAACGCCGCCCAUAGACCAGAGGCAGCCCAUACAACAGUGAUGAAAUUAAAUCAAGCCAACUCUUUUGAAUCCCGGAGCAAGGCCGAGGACGCCGACUCGGAAGAGACCUUGGAGUGGCCGGCGGUUGUCGUGGUCGUGGAAGAGGAGCCCUGA